AUGAAUCACAGUUCUGUUAAUUACAGAGAUAAGAGAAAUUAUAAAAUUGCAUUAGAAAGUGUUUUAAUAGCAUUAUUGAAUAGACAUUUUGAAAUUGUAUUAAGAAAACCAAAGUCAAAAUCAACAACAACAUUAUCUUAUAUUGACAUUGAAUCAAUUAAAAGAAAUAAUGAUAUUUUACAAAUAAAUACAUUUGUUGAAGAAAGAAUAAAGACACUUAUUGAAGACCAAAUUAAAAAAGGAUAUAAAUACUCAACAAUUAUAUCAAAGUCAAGAAGAAUGAAAAUUGAAGAAACAAAUAGUUUGUUAGUAGAUCUUCUAACAGAAGAAGGAUAUUUAUUUAUUACAAAAACAAUUAUGAAAGGUACUGUAAUAGUAGAUAAAAUAAAAUAUCUAGAGUCAUUGUCUAUUUCUUAUAAUGAUAUUAUUUUAAUUGGGAAACAAAUCAAUGAAUGGAUUAUUUCUAAAUUAACUAAUGAGCAAUCAAUUCUAUUAGUUUUAAAUAAUAAAAUGUUAUCAACAUUUCUAAAAAAAAUAUUUUAG